UUAACCCAUUUUGAUAAACUUAUUAUAAAAUGGAGGAAAUGAUCACACUGGGAGGCCCUAUUAAGAAGAAAGGCAAGAAGAAAAAGAAGAAGGCUCCUAAGAACGCAGGCUUCACAAUAAUGGAUGAUGAUAUGGCUUUCCAAAAUGAAGGCAAAGAGCAAUUGGAAAGCUUAAAGAGCACCAACCAGACCAGCAUCAUGGUCCAAGGCCAAGGAAUGAUCUCUAUAAAUAAAGAUAUCCUGAAAGGCGAAGAAGAAGAUGAUAUCAAGCCUGUGUUAGUCACUGAUAUGUCUGCCGAUAAGAUCCAAGAUAUUAUUGCUGGUCAGAAAGAAGCUGAUAUCCAGAAACAACGCAAGAAAAAGCUCAAGGAAUCAAAGAAGACCAAGACCAAGAAGAGGGAAUCUCAGUGGGUUGAGAUCGACAAUGAGGGUAACAAAGUAAAGGCUCUAGUCGAAAAUAAAGAAGAUAAGAAAGAACGCAAGAAAAGGGAAAAGAAGGAUAUCAGGAAAGAAGUCAAACUUAAAUUCCUAGAAGAGCAGGCAAAGAAGAAACUUAGAAAACAAGAGCUCGAAGAAAAAUUGCUAGGCAUUACUGCAGUUGAGGAAGAUGAUGAUAAGCCCAAGCGCCGCAGACAUGACACAGACUCUGAUAGUGAUGAUGAAGAGGAAGCUCAGGAAAAAUCUAAGCCCCUUAAUGCGAUCAAAAUGGAUGAGAUGAAAAGUGGCCUACAAUCUCUGGAUGACCUCAAGAAAGGCAUUGAAGAGAAUAAGAAAAAUAAUCAGAUGGAUGAAAAAGAAGCAUUUGAUCAGAUGAAGGCCCAAAAGACUGUCUACAGAGACCAAAAUGGCAGAGUUAUCAAAGGAGAUGCUAUGAGUGACAUGAUGCUUAACCCUAAAGACAAGCUUAGAAAGCUUAAUCAAGAGAGAUUGAAUAUGUGGAGUCAAGGAGUCGUUCAAACUCAAGAAAAAUUCAACAGCAAAGACAAAGAAGAGCUUAAAGCUGAAAAUGAAGGCAAAGAGUAUGACAGAGUAGUUGACCAGGAGUAUAAGGAAGCAUCUAGAUUUGGAGAUCCUAUUUCAGAGAUUAGGAAACACCAAGCAGGAACAGCAACAGAUAGGGACAAAAGAGUGUUAUGGUCAAGAAAAAUAUUCCCUCCGUGUAAAUUUGAAGGAACUCCUAACCGCUUUAAUAUUUUGCCAGGACAUCGUUGGGAUGGAGUAGAUCGGAGCAACGGAUUCGAAAACCGAUUCCUAGAUCAAACUAAUCAACAGAAGGCGAACAAAGAACUUUUCUAUAAGUGGGCAUCCAAAGAAAUGUAAUUUAUUAGCCAAAUACUCAACAAAGGUUUCAAAUAUA